ACCCGCCCCGGAGCGGCUCCGGCUGGCCAAAUAGGGAAGCGGAGGAGCAGCAGCAGCCGGGAAGGAGGAGGAGGAGAAGACGCCGCAUUUCGCUUUCUGCGAGGGGCGAGCCCUCUCCUCCCUCUCCAGGCCCACUCCGCAUCUCAGUCUCAGCCAUCUUUUGGGGGCCCGAGGAGCCAACAAGUGGGGCAUGGCAUUGGCGGGGCGCUGGGCUGUUUGAAAGCUCGCUUUGUUGACUUUUUUGUCCGCCUCCCGAACCAUGAUGAAUCCCAACGAAGGCGCGGCGCCGCAGGAGAAGUACAAGUUGGUGGUGGUCGGCGGGGGCGGCGUGGGCAAAAGCGCCCUCACCAUCCAGUUCAUCCAGUCAUAUUUUGUCUCCGACUAUGACCCCACGAUUGAGGACUCGUAUACAAAAAUCUGCAACAUUGAUGGAACCCCAACGCGGCUGGACAUUCUGGACACUGCUGGGCAGGAGGAGUUUGGGGCCAUGCGAGAGCAGUAUAUGCGCACAGGGGAAGGUUUUCUCCUGGUCUAUGCCAUCAACGACCGUGGCAGUUUCAUUGAGAUAAACAAGUUCCACACUCAAAUACUUCGAGUGAAAGACCGUGAUGAGUUCCCCAUGAUCCUUGUGGGCAACAAGGCUGACUUGGACCUUCAUCGGCAGGUGUCCAAAGAGGAGGCCCUCAGCUUUGCCCGGGAGAAUCGGAUCCCGUACAUGGAAGCUUCUGCCAAACUCCGCCUCAAUGUGGACGAAUCUUUCCAUGAGCUGGUGAGGGCCAUCAGGAGGUUUCAUGAGCUGGAGUCUCCUCCCGCCCCGACUGUUAGCCCCAAGAAGAAAGAACGCAAAGGUUGCCCUUGUUCCAUUCUGUAAACUGCCUUCCCGCACCAAGCUACGGAUCCUGGAAAGGGAAAGAAGAGCUGCUCUGUCUCCCUCCAGCGAGAGGGUUGCGCAGGAUUGCUCCCUCGCUCCACUUUCCCCCACUUGCAACAUGGGCUGGCAAUGUGUAUUCCGCAGUUGUGCCUCAAUACUACACUUUCUCUACUGUCACAGAGGACCCUGCAAACUGGAACGGGAGCAGGAAGUGGAUGUAUCGUAUUUCUCCAGACCUUCAGCACUGCUGUCGUGAACACGCUUUGUGCCACUUGGGAAGGAUUCAAGCCCUGCGUAUCCUACUCUUGACACUUUCCUGUCCUAAAUUCUUCCAAGCAAAUUGCAUUGAAUUGGUGGCCGCCUUUGCUCAAGGGUGCACAUGGCAGGGUAAUGUAAGAAAUGUCGGUUUUGGGGCGAAAAAUUGGAAGAUGGACAGUUUGGUGAAUAUAUAUAUUAUGUUGGAGAAUUGGAAAACCAGAGCCAGAGGAUCAUACACUUCACUGACGCUAGAGCCAGCAAGCUUCUGCACCUACACAGAUGGGCAUCCAUGCUCCACGACAUAUUGUAUGAAUGCAUUUAAAGGGGUGUUUUAAUCUUUUUUAAAAUAAUAAUCACAGCCUUAAGUGAUCCCUAUCUUCCCAGUAAGCUAAAAGAGAUGCAACAGCAAGCACAGAUUUUCCUACCCAGUAGCUGGUAUUCCACAUUGUACCACUCUUUACAUGUAAUCCUCUAAUACGGGUGACACACACUAGCAAGCCACAAACCCCUUUAUUAAUCUAUGGUGGAGUAGUAAGAAGUAAUUCAAUAUAUUUUUUUCUCUCGUUGUGAUAUUUUCCGUAUAUAGGUAGAGGUACAAACAGCUCCUCCUCCCAACAAAACUGAGCAGUAAAUGUUUAGAAAACCUAAGUGGUCUUUGGAACCAAAUUACUAAACUAGUCGCCACUUUUAAAAUUUUUAUCCAAGAAUAGAAUUAUUUGAUUUCCUCCCCCUUUCCUUCACUAUUACAUCUAGAAGCAAGAAAUUCAGAUCUGGCAAAAGUUGUGACUAAAACUCCCAUAAUUUCCCACCUGUGGGCAGGUAGCAUUUUGGAAAUAAUAGUCCACUAUUCCAGAUGUUGGAUAAGCAAAGUAGUAAGCAGAAUUGAUUGCUCUUUUGUUAGUAUUUCAUCCACGAUCAGUGAAUUGAUCAUGUCCUGGGAUUUCCCACUAUAUCUUUAAAGGCACAAUCAUGUUUAAAUUUCAGUGUCUUUUUCGAGUGAUCUGUACCACUGAACCACCUGAUUUUCUUGUUCUUGUACAGUUCCAACACCUAGUCAAACAUAUUUGCUGUCUGCAGUAAAGUAAAUAGUUAAUGUUCAAUGAAUGUUCGGGGCAAUUAGAAGAUGGAUAAAAGGAAUAUCUUUUGUUAACACCUCUUCUGUGAUGUAGAACAUUCCAGCUUCUAAAUACCAAAGAGUUGAUACUUAGCCAAAAUUGAGGUUUCGAGGCACCUUAAAUACAAACAUACAUAAAUUACGGCCCACUUUGUUAAUUAUAUCAAACAAUGUUUUCAGUUGGCAGGGAAAAUUCACAUAGAGUGGUACACGGGUGGGGGGAGGGUCAUUUUUGAUACUGAAUGGGGCUGAAAGCCCCAUAACACACAAGGGUAGUAGUAGGCUGUGAGUUAAGUCACUUAUCCAACAAGUGAUUUUAAUAAAAGGGAAGUUGUCCCACA